GUUAGCCUGGGAUCAUACAGAGCGAGUGCCAUGGACAGAACAUCCGUCGUGAACUACUGCUUAGGACUCCUGAGUUUGUUAAUGCUCCAGGGAGUGCUGAGUGUGGAUGGAAGGAGCACGUUCAACCCUGGAAACCGUGUGUUCAAUCCCAAAGAGGAUACAGAGGCCCAGAGCAAGAUUCUUGCACUCCUACUGCACAAGAGCCUAGUUCCAGUUGAAAAGGAAGAUCCUCUAGGUCUUGAACUGGCCAACAAAUUAGCUGAACUAAAGGAGGUAAAGAUACUUACAGAUUUGCCACGAAGUAACCAGGAAACAUGA